CCCGAGAAUGGACAAAUAUGACUGUUUUCUGGAGGCCGGCGGGUUUAUCGACGAAACAAGCGACAUAACCGAAGAAGAUGAUGUCUUUAAAGAGGUGGACUUGCAUGACAUUGACACGGAUCUUCCAGACACAUUGGAGGCGGAUUGUUCGCUGAAUAGAUGGGUGUCUGAGCUCAGCAUCAGCGAGCUUCAGGAUGAGGCCUUACCAGUGGUCAACAGUGAAGGGGCACAACUCGGACUAGGUCAUACAG